AUGUCUUUAGUCGUUCAAGAACAAGGUUCUUUCCAACACAUUUUACGUUUGUUAAACACUAACGUUGAUGGUAACAUCAAAAUUGUUUAUGCUUUAACUUUAAUCAAGGGUGUUGGUCGUCGUUACUCUAACUUAGUCUGUAAGAAGGCUGAUAUUGACUUAAACAAGAGAGCUGGUGAAUUAACCCAAGAAGAAUUAGAAAGAGUUGUUCAAAUCAUGCAAAACCCAACCCACUACAAGAUCCCAUCUUGGUUCUUAAACAGACAAAAGGACAUUGCUGAUGGUAAGGACUACCACUCUUUAGCUAACAACGUUGAAUCUAAAUUAAGAGAUGAUUUAGAAAGAUUAAAGAAGAUCAGAGCUCACCGUGGUAUUAGACAUUUCUGGGGUUUACGUGUUAGAGGUCAACACACCAAGACCACUGGUAGAAGAAGAAGUUAA